GUACUUCUUCCUGGGGAACCUAUCAGUGCUGGACAUUGGGUGCAUCACCGUCACCGUUCCCUCCAUGUUGGUUCAUCUCUUGUCCCACAAGCACACAGUUCCCUAUGCAGCCUGCCUCACGCAGCUUUUCUUUUUCCAUCAGCUGGUUGGGGUGGACUGCUUCCUGUUGACAGCCAUGGCCUAUGACCGAUUCCUGGCCAUCUGCCAGCCCCUCACCUACAGCACCCGCAUGAGCCAGACAGUCCAGAGGAUACUGGUGGCUGUGUCCUGGGCUUGUGCCUUCAGCAAUGCACUGACCCACACUGUAGCCAUAUCCACACUCCACUUCUGUGGCCCCAAUGUGAUCAACCACUUCUAUUGUGACCUCCCACAGCUCUUCCAGCUCUCCUGCUCCAGCACCCAACUCAAUGAGCUGCUGCUCUUCGGUGUGGGCUUCAUAAUGGCAGGUACCCCCAUGGCUCUCGUUGUCACCUCCUACGUCCACGUGGCAGCUGCAGUUCUCCGAAUUCGCUCAUCAGAAGGCAGGAGGAAGGCCUUCUCCACAUGUGGCUCCCAUC